UUCUGUCCUGCGUGAGAGACUCUAAAAGCGACAUGAAACACGCCCUUGUCUGUCUGCUGCUUGUCAGCAGCGUCUUCGCUCAGGAGGAUGAGAAAAAGGAAGAUGUGGGGACUGUCGUUGGCAUUGAUUUGGGAACCACCUACUCCUGUGUGGGUGUCUUCAAGAACGGACGUGUUGAGAUUAUUGCCAACGAUCAGGGCAACCGAAUCACACCGUCCUAUGUGGCCUUCACUCCGGAAGGAGAACGUCUUAUUGGUGAUGCAGCAAAGAACCAGUUGACUUCAAACCCUGAGAAUACCGUGUUUGAUGCUAAGCGUCUGAUUGGGAGAACGUGGAAUGACCCUUCUGUGCAGCAGGAUAUCAAAUACCUGCCUUUCAAGGUUAUUGAAAAGAAGGCCAAGCCCCAUAUUCAGGUUGAUAUUGGAGGAGGCCAAAUGAAGACUUUUGCUCCUGAAGAAAUUUCAGCCAUGGUUCUGACAAAGAUGAAAGAAACUGCUGAAGCAUACUUGGGAAGGAAGGUUACUCACGCUGUUGUCACUGUGCCUGCGUACUUCAACGAUGCUCAGCGUCAAGCCACAAAGGAUGCUGGCACCAUCGCUGGAUUGAACGUCAUGAGAAUCAUCAACGAACCCACUGCUGCUGCUAUCGCUUAUGGGUUGGACAAACGAGAGGGAGAAAAGAACAUUCUUGUCUUUGACUUGGGUGGUGGAACCUUUGACGUCUCCCUCUUGACCAUCGACAACGGCGUCUUUGAAGUGGUGGCAACCAAUGGAGACACUCACCUGGGGGGAGAAGACUUUGACCAGCGGGUGAUGGAGCACUUCAUUAAACUGUACAAGAAGAAAACCGGGAAGGAUGUGCGGAAGGACAAUCGGGCGGUUCAAAAGCUCCGGCGAGAAGUGGAGAAGGCCAAGAGAGCUCUUUCUUCUCAGCAUCAGGCCAGGAUUGAGAUUGAAUCUUUCUUCGAAGGCGAAGACUUCUCAGAAACCCUAACUAGAGCAAAGUUUGAAGAAUUGAACAUGGAUCUUUUCCGUUCCACCAUGAAACCUGUCCAAAAAGUUCUAGAGGAUGCGGACCUGAAGAAGUCUGACAUCGAUGAAAUUGUCCUUGUUGGCGGCUCCACUCGAAUCCCCAAAAUCCAGCAGCUUGUGAAGGAAUUCUUCAACGGCAAAGAGCCUUCUCGGGGCAUCAAUCCUGAUGAAGCUGUAGCUUACGGCGCUGCUGUCCAAGCUGGCGUCCUUUCUGGGGACCAGGAUACUGGUGACUUGGUACUACUUGACGUGUGUCCUCUAACCUUGGGCAUUGAAACUGUGGGAGGUGUCAUGACCAAACUCAUCCCAAGGAACACAGUUGUCCCCACCAAGAAGUCGCAGAUCUUCUCCACAGCUUCUGACAACCAGCCAACAGUUACUAUCAAAGUCUAUGAAGGAGAACGUCCUCUCACAAAGGAUAACCAUCUGCUUGGAACAUUUGACCUCACUGGCAUCCCUCCUGCUCCCCGGGGCGUCCCCCAGAUUGAGGUCACCUUUGAAAUAGACGUGAACGGCAUUUUGCGGGUGACUGCGGAGGACAAAGGCACGGGCAACAAAAACAAAAUCACCAUCACCAAUGACCAGAACCGCCUGACGCCGGAGGAGAUAGAAAGGAUGGUCAACGACGCGGAGAAGUUUGCCGAGGAGGACAAGAAGCUGAAAGAGCGCAUCGACUCCCGAAACGAGUUGGAAAGCUACGCCUAUUCCCUGAAAAACCAAAUUGGCGAUAAGGAGAAACUGGGUGGCAAGUUGUCUUCUGAAGACAAAGAAACCAUCGAGAAGGCCGUGGAGGAGAAGAUCGAAUGGCUGGAGAGCCACCAAGAUGCGGACAUCGAAGACUUCAAAGCUCAGAAGAAGGAGCUGGAGGAAGUGGUGCAGCCCAUCGUGGGGAAGUUGUACGGCGGGGCGGGCCCUCCCCCUGGCGAGGAGGAAGCCGGGGAGAAGGAUGAGUUAUAGGCCCCCGCUUUCCGAGUGGCGACGCCGUGUAAAUAGUGGACUGACUUUGAACAUUUUUCGUUUAAGCUAUUGAACUCUAGAACUGGGAUGUGUUCGGAAUCUUCACGACGAGUGGAGUUGGAAACGCUUAGCCCCAAAGCGGCUGAUUACUGCUUUUCAUUAGCAGUUGAUAAAGUGUCCCUGGGGGGUGGGGUGGGGUGGGGUGGGGUGGGGGAAGCUUAACUUGCCGGGCGAGGCCUCAAAGCAUUCACCUUUAAACUGUUCUAUUUAACAAGUGGGUCGUGUGUGUUCUGUGGAGAAUUUUUCUACCCUCCAACCGCCAAUAAAUUUGUUAUUUACACCGAA